AACAAAACAAACCAGAGAGAAAGAAGACAGCGUGGAUUUGUAAGGAAAUUUCAUUUAAGUUCUCGUACACACGACCCUCCCCGAAGCGUGAAGAGUUUCUCUGACACCUGUAAAGCCUAGUUACAGAGAAUAGAGGAGAAAACCACAGCCAUACCCGAAUGUGUGGCUAAGGCAUUAUUAUUAAAGAACGAUUUUGUUGUCACAUCGAUUUUUCUGCCAGAGACUGACAUAAAAACAAGGGAAUUGUGGGAAGAGAGGUGGCAGAAAAGUUUCCACCAAGGAACCAGGGAUCUUUUCUCGGCAAUGCCUCAGCCUAGUGUCAGUGGAAUGGAUCCUCCCUUUGGGGAUGCCUUUCAAAACUACACUUUUGCUGACCAGGCACUGACCAGCACUGACCUGUUAGCCAACAGCUCUGAACCAGACUUCAUUUAUGAAUUGGACAGAGAUAUGACUUGUCGCCAGAGCCCUGGAAGAGAGGUGUUUGAAGUCGAGGACUGUAAGGAGUUUGACAAUAUGGAAAAUCUUCCAGAUCUAAUAGACAAUGACGUGACCUACAGCUCCAACUUUGAACAAUGGGACACCUAUUGGGAAGACCUGACCAAGUACACUCGCCUCACUAGCUGUGAUAUCUGGGGCACUAAGGAGGUUGAUUUCUUGGGCUUGGAUGAUUUCUCCAGCCCUUACCAAGAUGAGGAAGUCAUAGGCCGUACACCCACCUUGGCCCAGCUCAACAGUGAGGACUCUCAGCCAGUGUGUGACAAUUUAUACCUUCCAGAUUCAUUGGGAGGCCAAAAGCAGACUGUGUUCCCUCCAACUGCUAUAGGCAAGAAAAUGGGCAAAACCACCGCUUCUGUCACUGGCACCUCCUCCAACCACAGUACACUGCCGGAUUACGCUGAAGGUUCCCAGAAAGCCACAUGGCCAGUGGCCUCAAGCACUGAGACUAUGGCAAAGGCCCAGAUGCAAGGGCCUAGCAGGGUUGCAUCUCCACAGCCAGAGAACACAGAUUAUGUACGCAAAGCCAAAGUUCGCAUUAGCGUACCACGCAAGACCUUUUUAGAGGGUUGCGCUCAGCAGAUCAAUGUGUCUGCCAGCUCCCAAAUUAUCAAAGAGCAUGAGUCAAGUGCCUCUUUGAUCAAUAAUGCCCAAACAGCCACUAUUAGCACUCCAUCUUCUCUGAUUCCACCGGUUGGUGAGAAAAGAGUGGAAACUAGUAAACGAGAAGCUCCCUGCGGCUCUACUCCAGAGUUGGGUUUGUCAAGAGGAAAACCACAGAAAAUAAACUUCCCUGUGGCGGGCAGCAGUGAAACCUUGCUCACCGUGAGUGCUCUUGGAGCUGACGCCACUGCUGCAGCCGAGAAGAAGAAAGAGGAAGAGCACAACUACUCACUGUUCCUGACCAGGGCCAGGCUCGCAGGUAAAGCUCCCACUGACAUGGAGGAAGACGAAGAUGAGGAAGAUGAAGAGGGAGAGGAGGAAGAGGAAGAGGAGGAGGUGGAGGGGGUGGACUUGGAUGAUGAAGACCAUGAUGAAGGAUUUGGCAGCGAGCACGAGCUUUCAGAAAAUGAAGAGGAAGAGGAGGAAGAAGAUGAUGACUAUGAGGGAGACAAGGAUGAUGACAUCAGCGAUGCGUUCUCUGAACCAGGAUGUGACACUGACAUCGUAGAGGACGUUAAAGGCCUGACAGCUGGAAUUUCCAGAAAGAGGGGCAAGCGCCGAUACUUCUGGGAAUACAGUGAGCAGCUUACUCCAUCUAAGCAAGAACGUAUGCUAAAACCUUCGGAGUGGGACAGAGACACCCUUCCUAGCAACAUGUAUCAAAAGAAUGGCCUGCAUCAUGGCAAAUACACACUAAAGAAGUCACGACGGACAGACGUAGAGGAUCUCACCCCUAACCCACGGAAGCUGCUUCAGAUUGGAAAUGAGUUGCGCAAGCUUAACAAGGUGAUUAGUGACCUGACCCCUGUUAGUGAGCUGCCUCUGACUGCUCGUCCUCGGUCUCGAAAGGAGAAAAACAAAUUGGCAUCCAGGGCCUGCAGACUAAAGAAAAAAGCUCAGUAUGAAGCCAACAAGGUCAAGCUGUGGGGUCUUGGCACUGAAUAUGAUCGAUUGCUGUUUGUAAUUAACACCAUCAAAGAGGAGAUUGUGAACCGAGUUCAGGAUAACUCGAAUAACAAUGGGACAAGCAUGGCAGAGAAGCUUGACAAGCUCAUAGAGGAGACACUAGUGCAGUCACCAGUAGCUGGCCAGACUUCAGACUUUGUGAAUCAGAUCCUUGAGAAUACAGGCAAAGGUGACCCCACUGGAGGUCUAGUGGGACUGCGUGUGCCCACUCUUAAAGUGUAGAGGCAUACAUAUAGUAUUUGGAAGCACACUCGAAGCCAUCCGCGCCAUUCCUGUCUCACACUGUAACGGCCCGACACUCUGCAUGCUCAUGUCAACAGGAGAUGCUCAAAAUGCUUAAUGUGGAUACAUGCAUACGAACACCUGUCCGUCUGUGCAUACGUAUGUAUAUGUUCACCUUCCACGCACCUACAGAAAUCUCUGCACUCAGUAGUCUCUUUCCUUCCUACGUCUGCAUGUGGUUGGUUAAAAAAAAAAAAAAAAAAAAAACCUCCAUCUGCAAGCCACCAUUUUGCAAAAUUCAAAAGCCAAUUUCUAAGAUACCUCCUGGAAUUGUAAUGUCCUUUUAGAGAUGAAGACAUAACUGGUUCCUGUUGUAGCCAUUUUUUUCCUUAUGUCCAGCAAAUGCCCCUUUACUGGAUUCAGAAAGCAGAGGUGUUCUCUUUAGGGAACACAGUUACAUUCUGAUCAUUCAUUAAAACGCCUGGAUAGAAAAAGACGUUUUAGAGAGAUCAACUAAAUCACCUGGUCAACUGGUGAUGUAAGAUUUUCAACAUUAAACCUCUGCUUUUGUAUUCUAGUGUUGUUGCAUUUGCAGAAAUGAAGUUACACAUUUAUAUGCCAACUCUUAUAAAGCCAAUGCAAUCACAGAAACAUGCUAAUCAACUACCUUUAUUGGGUACCAACUUACAGAUUGACGGUAGGCAUAUAAAUUUAGGACAGGGGUACAGCAUGACCAUUAGGAUAGGACUGGGCUUAAAUGUUCUGUUCCUUAUAUCUCGGUGGUUUCAGGGUGACUAGAGACAGAUUAUUGACUGACUGGAGCAGAUGGUCUAAUUAAAUGUCCUUCUUUAACUGGGAAGAACUAUUAUUUGUACUUGUGACUCCACCCCACUUCAAUCAAAGUUCCCGCACAUCAAAUGAUCCUGGACGUUUUCUGAAUUUGCAUCGAAGGAGCUCAAAAGUUGACUCACCAACUCGGUCUUGUUCAUAUUUGUACUUAUUAAAAGUAAGAUUCAUUGUGCCUUGUAGAUGUUGAGACGAUAACGAAUCUCACUUGAAAGCAAGUGAAGCAUGUUUCACGGACAAGAAGUGGAGUGAGGCAAGUCAGACUUGCAAGUUUGUAAUGUAUUUCAGCUCGAUAAAGAUGAACGUAGGAACAUGAAAAAAUGUUGAAUUAUGCCACAGAGUCUGUGCUAGGUAAAGUACGAUGGCUUUGACAAAUAUUUCUUUCCUCUCUCUAUUUUGGUACUUCAUUUAAGUGGAGAAUGGAUGUGUGUGCUCGUGAGUGUGUAUGUGUUUUGGGGGGUUUAUUUUAAGACAACUAUUCAUAUAUUAAAUACAAAAAAAAGAGAGAUUUGCACACUAUAUUCUGAUUGUUUUGUUUUGUACCAAAGACACAUGCAACGUAAAUUGGCAACUAGCCAGUUUAAGUAAGGUUUUGCACAGCUAACCUGACACCGUAUUGAAUGUAGGAAAAAAAAAAGUUGUAGGGUCAGGGAUUUUCAACGAACUGUGAAAUUUGCUUGGGUCCAAUUAUCUACAGAAAGAAGCAUUCAUUCGCAUCCUCCUAGAGCUCUUGUGCUGUUCUUCAGCUCUCAAGUUGAAGUGUUGCUUUGGAAACCUUUGUACUAGGAUUAAGCAGUUCAGUUUCCCACCAUUGCAAUUUUGUCCAUUAAUAUGCUUUUACAUCUGUAGAGCUGAAGAUGCUUUUGUAAGUACAUACGUAUGACAUUAUCAGAGUACCAAAAUGUCUUUUAUUAAUUUCCUUUACAUUUAUGGAGGAGAAUAAUCAUGCAGCAAAGGAUUAUUUUUGCCUAUGUCGUGUAUAGUCCAGAACUCAUAACUACGCCAACUUGUAUAUGUAUUGAUAAAAUGGUACCUUUUCAACAGAUAUGUUAAUAAGCAUGAUGCAUUUCUAUAGCUUUAUAUUCAGCGAGUAAUCUGAAAACUAAGAAACAAAAGACUUAUUCUCUGUAUUUUUGUAAUGGUUACCUUGAUGUUGUUUUUUUUUUUUUUGUUUGUUUGUUUAAUGUUCUAUGAGCAUAUCUAUAAUCCCUUUUGGAAAAGGAUGAAUUUAUCAUCAGCACAUCAUGCUCAAAAAUAUUUCCAACAUGGACCCAGUCAUAGGCUCUUCCUAGUCUGUACCUAAAUGAGUGCUUUAAAUGCUGGAAAGCAUUCUGAGAAAGAGAGAGAGCUUUAUAGCUGCACCGUGAUGGCUAGCUGCUGCACCUUCAUACUUGUCCAGUGUGAAAAGCUACUGCACUUCCCAAUGCAGAACUUGAUUGAUAGUUUUGGUUUGUCUUUGGUUUGUUUGUGAAGCUAUUAUUUUUGAUUCAAUUAAAGAAGGGAGAAUAUUUUCCUCUACAACCCCCUAUUAUAUUUAAGCUAAAGAUUUUCUUACACAGUAGUACCUUAUAGUUGUUCUCUCUAUUUUUGUCCUGUUAUGUUCGUUUGGCAGCAUAGUAGAUUUUGUAUAUACCAUUCAUGUUAGUGGCUAUUGUAAUUUGCAGUGUUCUCUUUAUACGUAGAAAUGAGAUAUAUCUUCUAUAUUUAUCUUGUGUAUAUACAAACGUACUAUAUUACAUGUAAAAUAACUAAAGCACUUUGUCUAGACAAAAAAAGAAAAAAAAAGGAAAAAAAGCAUUCUUUUCCUUCCAUCUCUGCUGCUAAACCGGCCUUGUUUGAAUGCUGCAGUGAGUACUUGACUUUUACCAUCUUAACCAGGACAGGUUGACAGUAAAGUCUCGAGAGGACAGGCCCCUGUGUGACGACAAGAAGUCAAGCGUCACAAACUCCAUUUGCCUUUAGUAGACAUUUCCUAUGGAAAAGUGCAAAUUCUUCUUUGUGUUCUUCUUCAGGUCGAUGUACAGUAUUGACAUGUUUUCUCUGGACAUUACCAGAGGUGAACAUUGUUCUCAAUAAUUUUUUAAGUAAUUUGUACUUAAUGGAGGAAAUCUGAGGUGUUUGAGGAAGCGUCUGCUUCUUAUUAGUGGCUCAGAAAAAAAAAGAAAAAAAAAACUAUAUCGCUGUACUGUAAGGCAAAUCUCUUUGCCAUAGGGAAUUAAUCAGAUAACAUCCUUUUUGCCUUUCCAAACACCCAUCCAUUCUUGAUAGAAGGCAAGGCUUUACAAGCUUUGUUGCUAUGACAACUUAUCCCAGCCUUCGUCGUGCCAUCUUGAAUUAAAGCUUCUUAGCCUGGCGUUGGCUCUUAAUACUUAUGACCAAUUUGUAAUUAAAAAGAAAAAAAAAAAUCGAAAAAAAAAAAAACCUGCACACAACAGAAAAACACUUGGCAAGUCACAAUGAGCAUGGGGGUUUAAGGUGGAGGUGCAUGUUUAUAAGUCAGUGGCCUGCUGUAGUGGGAACGUAUCUGUGUUUGUCUUACUUGUUUCUUGCGUUUGACGUGACAUUGUGAGUUUAAGUGUUUAACCCGGAGACUCUGUGGCAUUCGAACAGUUAAGGAAAUGGUUAUUCAAAGCCAGUAAAUUUUUUUUGUUGUUGUUUGUUUGGUUUUUAAAUUAAAGCAUGAAAAGAUCAAUAGCAUCAUGUGAAUUUUACAUAUAGUUUAAGUUAAAGUUAAUAAGGGGCCUCUGCUGCAAACCUGAUUAAUCUUCUGAAAAUCUGAACUUUUACUGAUCAUUAUUUUAUAAUACACACUCUUAAGCUGCAAUAUAUUUAAAAUACCAGUUGUUUAGUGGAGUACAUAACAUUUAUUUUGCAUGUGUUCCUUUAUUGUAUUUGCUUCAUACUCCAACGAUACUGCUUUCUCAAAAUAGAAUCUACGAUCCAACCAGCAACUUGUUUAUUUUCUUUGAUGUAUUGGUAUUUGCAUAUUAUCCUAAGUCUCAAUCACCAUUUCAACUUCCUUAUUACUGGAUUGCAAUCUUAAAACGAGUAAGCUAUCUAUCAAAUCCAAAUUGUUUGCUUCUUCUUGUUGUCUGCACUAUAUUAAGAAAAAUGAAAAUGAAUGUUUGGGUUGAAGCUGCUUAAUCAUUUUGUAAAAUUGUACAGCACAUCAGUAACCAUUCCUUACUUUGUCUGAUUUGUGUGUGAGCCCACUCAAAACUAAAUUAUAUAUAUUUUUUAUUGUUCAAGUAUUUGCCACUGUAUUUGUAUAAAGAACGGCCAGUUGGAUCCCAGUAGAAAGUUACUGAAACAUUUCUUGCAUCAUUUUCCAAAAUGGCUACAGUACGCAUUUGAAAAGAGAGAUGUUUGCAUUUUGGCAUGCCUUUUUUUUUGUUGGUGUUUUUAUUUUAAUUAAAAAAAAUUGUGUGUGUGUAAAUAUGUGUCCUGAGCAUGUAAAAUACAUUGCUCUAAAUGGUGCAUUUUCUAUGUCUUUGUAGUAAAAUGGGACAUUGCUUAAGUUUUCAGCUUUUCCCAGUAAUGUUUGCGUUUUUUUUUUUUUUUUUUUUUAAGUACUAAGAAAUUGUAACUAAUAAUGUUCAGGUUAAGUCCAAAAGUUGUUCCUUAUGGUGGCCAUAAGUUACUAUAAUAAGAUUCUAAAUGGUUUAGCGCAUUUGACAAAAAUUUUAUGGAAGGCAGUCUGUCUUACUGUUGCUAAAUAAACAUGCCCAUUCUAGUGUAUUUAACCUAUUGAAUGGUUGUCCGUUAUGUUGUUUUGUCUCUUUGUUUGUCAUGUAAUGAACCUUUACCAUGCAUUUCUGCUUUUAAUUUUAUCACUAAUUAAAAAUCGAAAAAUUGUUUCACAGAAGUCAGAUUAGAUGAGAUUCUGCUUAAACACCUUUGCUUUAAGAGUGCUGUAGAUUGGCAUUCCUCAAGCUUAACUAUGCUUAUUAAUGUUCUUUUGUUGUACCUCUUCAAAAAUAUCUCUGAUUGUCAUUAGAACGUGAUGACAAAGUAUGAAAAUUGCGCUUGCUGACUUCCUUCACUUCAUACAGUACAGAGUAAUCAACCAUCUACUGAGCCUGUGUUGAGGACAAUAUGAGUAGAGAGCAUACACACUGAUCAAGUCACUGACCUUAAACGAUGAGCACAAGGGGGUGUAUUACAGAUGCCGCAUGGACUUUGACGUAGAUGAAAUACAGUGGCGCUCCAGUUGCUUUUGUGGUUACAAACACUCAAAACUGAAAAAGACCAUCAUUGCACUUGAUUUAACUACAAAUUACAAAAUUCUUCUAUAUAAAUAUGAUGCCUGCAGAAUCAGGUGCCUUAUUCAGACAAAAGAAAUAUCUAAACUUGAUUUACUGAGGUUUUAUAAGAAAACAAGACUUUAGCCCGUUAUGCCAAGUAAAUAAUUUUUUUUUUACAUUUUUUUUUUAUUGUGUUGAGCUUUCUGCCGAAUGAGAGCUGUUGCUGCUUUGCCUCAGACAGUUUUCAUGUAAAGUUGAAUGUAGUCUUCCUUCAGUGAAGUCAAUUCAAUAAGUUAAGCUUGUACAUUUUGACUUGUGGAACAUUCUGGUCACGAGACUAUCCAAAGAGUGCUGCAUUCAUGAUGUAGAUUUCUUUAAAAAUGUACACUUUCUUUUUUUUUUUUUUUUUUUUUUUUGCAAAUCAGUGAGUGAAUGCAAAAUUCUGAACGUUUAAUUUUUUUUUUAUUUGACGUUGCACAUCCUGUAAUUUUUUUUUCCACCUCGGCUUUCUAACAGUGAUAUCUGGCUAAAAUAAUUCCGGAAUGAUAAAUAAGGUCUUGCUGAAAUACAUUUAGCAGACCUGUUGUAGGCUAAAGACUUUCUUAGGAGCCCUCGAAGGAGCCUGGUAGAUCUGCCCUGAAAAGACAUUGUAAGCAUUGUGUCCUUUCACCGAUGUUCAAGAUAACUGUGCCUCUUAAUUCUUCUGGUUCUACUGUUCCUUUGAUUCCUCCCAUGAGGGACUUGACUGGAAUGGUGUUCUACAUGGAUCAGCAAAGAUGAUCUUUACCAUUCAACUCUCCAACAAACAGAAAUUCCAGUUUUCCAAAUACAAAUCAAUGACACAUUUGCAUUGUUUGACGUAACCCUAGCGGAAAUCCUGUUUUAGCGGGUAAGAGGGCAGUAAGAGUGUAUGUUGAUGUUCCACUUGUGCAAGAUGCCGACAGCUUGUUUUCCCUGUACCUGACCGUCUCCAUUGAGAAGUCCACAAUCUUCUCUCCAUAACUGCAUGGCUUCCCUCCAUGCUUUUUGGAGGUAAGGAAGUUCUUUGUUUGUGCAAAACAAAACAUGGACUUUGGGUAGGAGUCCCGUCUCACCGCCCAUUGGUGCUGAAUUUUCUGAAAAUACAUACUUGAACAUCCUCAGUGGCAUGAGAGCUGUGACUUGGCAUCUGUUGUCAGGCUUAUGAACUUUUUCUUCCCCCUUGCAAGAAACUGUGUGCUGGACAGUGGUCAGUUUGACAUCACCUGGAUCCACUGCGAACACCCGUGCCAAGGUCCUCAUUAAAGGAUGACUGUGAUGGGCAUGGACAGAACCUGCAGUUGGGUGGGAGAGGGGCGUGUAAAUGUAGCGGUGGUAGCUCUCUUUGUUUGUUUGUUUGUUUGUUUGUUUUUUACUUUGAGGAGGACGUUGGAGCGCUAGUAGGGUCACCUGGACUGUUGGCCCCAAUUUUCUCGACUUCACCCUGAACACAUUCAGAAGACGACCACACAACCUGAUAAUAACAACAGACCCCUGUGUUAUUUUUCUGAGAACCACACUCACACAUCAUACGGCAAUGAUUUACAUCUCCUUCCAAACUUUGCCAAAGUUCUAUUGUUCUUCGUAAUGAUUGACCUUCAGUGCGUGGUUUGCAAAAAAAAAAAAAAAAAACACCACAAAAAGGUUUCGCUUGUUUUUAAAAUUCAUACAUCAAUUUUCAAUUAAAGGAAUUGUCACCUAUUUGGAAAAACAACACAGUUCAUAACCUUGUUGUAAUGCUUCUGAUGUUGUAUGGUAUUCUACUAGAUUACUAAAUUAGCAUGGGAUCUUUAAGUAGCUAGUACUGUGUGUGUACUCCCCAAGUGUAAAAUCUUCUUUUCUUUUUUUUCUCUCCCCACAGUAGGAAGGCUGUAUUUCAUUGCUAACUGCUCUGUUCUAGAUCUCUUGGUGAUUCUAAAGCAGAAACUUUUUUUUUUUCUGCAGUGUAUCCUACUGAAACUAACAGUUACUUGAUCCUAUUAGCAAUGUCUAUAUUUGUAGUUCACAUAUAUGCCUGGUCAAAUACAAUAUCUUAACAGUUGUUCUAUUUAUGUUUCAGUGUUGUGCUGGAUUAUGUUUUCUUUCUCACAUUUUGUUUCUUUCAUUUUAAGAGGCACAACUGCUUGGAAAAAGAACUCUUUUUUUGCACAUUGUUAAUGUACAGAUAUGAAGUAGGCUUAAAAUCAGUUGUGAUCAAUUUUGAACAUGUGUCUACUUGUGCUAUUGUGCCUCUGUUUCUUUCUGAUUUUGUAUUCUCCGUAAUUAUGUCUCUGCAUUGUAUCAGCCCGGAGUUGGUACCACAAUUUUGCUUGUAUCCAUGAUAAUCUAAUGCUAUUAUUGAUUUUAAUAUCACAAAUAAACAUUAGAUACAGC